CCCCCGCUCGGCUCUGCUCGGGCCGCACUCGGCUAUUUCCGCCUCUUUGUUUUAAACUCCGGGCCGAGCCCUUUAAAUCCCCCGUUUUUCUUUUUAAAAUUUUCUUGGGAAAGGGAAGAGGGGCCGGUGGUUCCCUCCGCCUGGCGUUUCCGACUCCUGUGCUCUCUGCCCUGCGGUGGCGCUCGGAGAAGGACGGGCCGGGGAGCGGAGGGUCGGCGGCGGCGGGGGGAGCCCCCGCUGUAGCCCCGAGCGGCGGCCGCGCCCCCCUCCGUCAGACACCAAAGAUGCUAACAAGGAAGAUUAAGCUUUGGGACAUUAAUGCCCAUAUAACCUGUCGUCUGUGCAAUGGAUACCUGAUCGAUGCUACUACUGUAACAGAAUGCUUGCAUACUUUCUGUAGAAGCUGCCUAGUGAAAUAUUUGGAGGAAAACAACACCUGUCCAACCUGUAGGAUUGUUAUACAUCAGAGCCACCCAUUACAGUAUAUUGGUCAUGACAGAACAAUGCAAGAUAUUGUUUACAAACUUGUGCCAGGCCUCCAAGAAGCGGAAAUGAAAAAGCAAAGGGAGUUUUAUCACAAACUGGGCAUGGAAGUUCCAGGGGAUAUCAAAGGGGAGACAUGUUCUACAAAACAGCACCUAGAUUCUCAUCGAAAUGGUGAAACUAAAGCAGAUGAAAAUAUAAAUAAAGAAACUUCGGAGGAAAAACAGGAAGAAGAUAAUGACUACCACCGAAGUGAUGAACAGGUAAGCAUCUGCUUGGAGUGCAAUAGCAGCAAACUGCGUGGAUUGAAACGAAAAUGGAUUCGUUGCUCUGCACAAGCAACAGUCUUGCAUCUAAAGAAGUUCAUUGCCAAAAAACUCAACCUCUCUUCUUUUAAUGAGCUGGACAUAUUAUGCAAUGAAGAGAUUCUUGGCAAGGACCAUACGCUCAAGUUUGUAGUCGUUACUAGAUGGAGAUUUAAGAAAGCACCUCUACUGCUACAUUAUAGACCCAAAAUGGACUUGCUGUAAGGGAACUUAAGUGUCCUUCUGGACAGAGCUUUUUGCAGAGACUAUCAUCUGGCACCUUCUUAGUGCAUCACUAAUCACAUGACACAAACCAGCUGAAUAAUUUUGGAAGACUGGAGGGCUUUCAUAGUGCGCUGUCCUGAAUAUUUCUUCUAGGGAUGUGUUACCUAGACUUCUGGGCAGACAAUAUUUAUACUUUUUUGUAUGGAAGAAAGAAGUUUCAACUCAGCAAGACACUACCAGCAUUAAGUUUACAGAUACUGAAAACACUUCACAGUUCCAUGUAGCUCAGCCUGAUUUGUCUCUUACAGUUACACACAGAAAAAAAGUUUGAGUGUUGUGGGGUGAUAUAAAUAUGUUGCUUUUGACACCAAGUUGCUUUAGUUACUUCUCGCAUUCUAAAUCUUUAAAAACUAUAUUUUUGCAAAGUGUUAUUGUCUUAUAUAGUAUGCCUGAUUGCAUUGGCUUUAUUCAAGUUACUCUUUAGAGCAUUGAACAUACCUGAUAAUACAGUGACUGGUGAUAAUUUAUUAUGCUGCAUUGAAAACUUAAGAAAAUCUGGGGAACCAGUAAAUUUGUCAUUUUUGCCCAGUUAUUGCUCUCCCUCACCUUGUGUUUUAAUAAAGUUUUGAUACUUCUGUAUACGUGUUAAUUUGGUAAGACUAAUAGAAAUAAUUUCAGUUGAUUUUAAUGUGCUGUGAUAUAUAUUUUGCUAUGGUAUAAAUUGCACCACGUAAUGACAAAUACUCACAAGUGCUAGAUUUGUGAAUUUCUUAAAAAAUAAACAUUUAUUAUGUAUUGUGGCUUGCAGAAAUCAGUUUUUAAUUUAGAGAGAAUUUGCUAUCACUAGCUAUUGAAACAGUGGCUCUUGGACAAUUGUGGGAGUAUUGCAGAUUUUUCAUUUCACUGAUUAAAACUUACAAGCAACUUUAAAUUUCUUUAGCUGUUUUCUUACAAAACCAUAGCAUUUUCUGUACUGCAAUUCCAAACUUAUAUGGGGUGGGGAGGAAGGGGGAGUCAAGACAAGAUUAUUUUAGCACCUUUUGGCCUUAACUAGUAAUUUUGCUUGCAUCAGCCCUAAUGGAUGCAAGGUAAUACACAUGAAUCUAUAUAUGGGUACAUACAUCUAUAUACACAUAUAACUAUAUAUGUUAUAGAAAGCACCCCCAAUGGCACUUAGCAGGGCUCACUGCACUUUUUGUAAGGCUUUUGGAAAUAGUUGGCUUUUAAAAAACUGUAGUUGAAAGUGAUUUCUGCAAGCUAUAUCCACUAUGUAUCAUCCAUAGUACAAUUGUAAGAACAUUUGUCUGGCGCAGGUGUGAAGUCACUGAAAAUAGUGUAUGCCCUAUUAUGGCCAGCUGGAAAUAGUUAACCUAAUUUUUGGAAGAGUUUUCCUGCCAGCUGAAAAUGCUAGUCGCUAUUCCUAUUAUUAAACCCUGUUAUUUUUUGAUAAAUUAUCUUUUGAUAAGAAGCCCUGCUUCCUCUUGCUGUGCUCCUUUGCUGCUUCUGCUAGAAAAUGUUACUUAGUAACCAGAAGCUGAUACUGCAAGAGAUUUAUGUAAGCAUUUUAAAUAUUCUUUCUCUUGAGUUUUCAAAGCGCUACAUUCCUCAGCACAUUUCCCUUAAUUUCCCUCUCUGGACUCUUCAGUUCUCCUUUCCCAGCUCUGCUGCUGCUUGUGCUUACCUUUGACAACAGGGCUCCUUAUUUUGAUUACAGUCACAGAUGUGAGGAGGAAGGAAAUGAAAAAGAAAUUAUGUGAGCAGAGAAUGAAAAGGAUUCUCCUGAAUUGUGGAGAUGGAAAGGAGAGCCACACAAAGGCCAGAACAUGCUGCUGUCCAUGCAGACGAAAGUGUUAAGAUAGCUGUAUUUGAAUGUUUAGGUCACACAGAACUCCACAUCUGGUUCUUGUGUGGUGUUUGUGUGCAUGUCUGUGAUUCGUGCAAUCAAAUUUGGCUCUGAUUUUGUCUUGCUGUUUAUGUAUUUUCAGCUUUUUUUCUGUCUUUAGCAUUAUUUGAUCUGGCAGAAAAGAACAAACAAGAUCAUGUGUCUACCAUUUUUAAAACUUUCCAUGAAAGCAGUCAAUGCAGGUGGUAUGGAUGUGUACACAGGCUGACAUACUGGGCCUCUCUGGAGCUGUUUCUUACAUGAUUGUUACUGUUCUAGUGUGAAAAAGAGUCUGGCUUUGCCACCAAGUCCCUGAGAAUGUGGACAGGACUGUAAGGGUCCCAGCUCUGUGCACCCAGAGUAUACACCAAGUGGCUGUACCUGAUGUAGACAUUAAACUAAAGCUGCCAGACAGCAUUCUGGUUAACCACCUUAAUCAGAAUAUAUAUAUAUAUAUACAAACAAAUAUAUAUAUAUACAUAUACACAUAUAAAUGAGAUCUGUCUACCUCAAGUGUGUGUACUGCAGGAAACUUUUGUAUGACUAGAUAUUGACGCAGUGCUGUUAAAGUACAUUGGGAUUUCAUUUCUUCCUUGUGUACUUGAGCAACUGAGAAAUUAAUUUACGAACACGCAAAUUCAGAAGCCUUUCAAAUCUAUCUCUUGCUGUAACAACUUACAAUAGAAAACUUAAAACUCCAUAACCAUCUUUAGAAUCACUUGAAUUUGUUAUGGUGCUAUCAGUAUAUAGAAAACUCUGUUUAUGUGGAUACAUAAAUUCAAGCCAGUAUUAAUACCUAUAGCUGGGGUUUUUGCUUGUAAUUGUGUGUAACUGCUUUUGCAAUGUGUUUAAUCUGAUAAUAUCGCACCAUUAAAAAAAAAAACAAAAAAAGCAAAAAAACAAACUAAGAGAACCAAACAAAAAACCCCCAAACUAACAAAAAACUCCAAAGUUACUCAGUUGUUUUUCUAAAUCACAUGUGAUAACAUCUUCACUUCAAAAAUUGCCCUCAGGAGUGGUGUGACUCUGUCUGUACCAUAUGUUAGUCUCACUAAAAGACUACAGUGUAGAGCGAGGUCUUCUUUGGGUCAGAGCCUUGUUUAAUUUCUGUGACACUUAAGAGACAGUUUAUAUCAAGACUGUAUUGAGUAAAGUAACCCUCAUACUGUUGAAAGUUGAACUAAAAUUUGGACAUGGCCAUACAUAUUUCUUAGUUCUGAUGAGAUCAUGGUCGUUGAUUUUGGCUUUUGUGAAGAUGCCAUUACUGUGAAGUAGUUUUUAUAAUUUCUUACGCUGGUAAAUAGUUGCAGUAAGGAAGUAUCUUGUUGCAUUAUCCUCAGCAGCAGUGAGACUAAUGGAUCACCUGGGCUUAGAGUCUCAUUAAGUAUACUUUCAUUAAAAAUAAAGAAUUCAGAUAGAAUAUAUAAUAUUGAAUUUAAAUAAGAUUUGGGGGUUUAAAUUUUAACUUUAUAAAAUUAUUUAUUCUAUUUUAAGCCUUCUGUCUUAUUUUACCAUCCAAGUAUUUUUGGUUUUAGUGGUCCAGCUUUAUUUACGGGCAUAUAAAUUGAAAUUGUAAGAUGUUUUUACAAGCUUCUUCCUUUUACAUUGAGUUUGAGUAGCUUUCAUCUGUAUGUUUUUGUUUUGUAUGGAUAAAGAGCAUUACUUAUGCUUUUGUGCAAUAGGUUUGAAACAUGCAUUUAUUAGGCUUAUGUUUAAAUUGUAAAUGUAGCAUCUACUUACCAUUACAUUGAAAAGGAAUGUAGAUGGCUUUUCUCACUUGUUCAAAUGGAGUUUUGUUUGGGGCUGUUAUUUGGGGGUGGGUGUGUGUGUUUUAUGCUUUGUUCCAUUUUUUAUUUUACGAGUGAAAUGGGGGAUUUAAAAUUUCUGUAAGUACAAGAACUAUCUGUCAGCAAUAUUUUAAAAUAAACGAUCUUGCAAGAAACCUUAAUGUGAAUUGUGGAAGCAAUCGACAAGACUUGCAGCCUAUCUGAAAAUGUUUUGUGCCAUUGUUAGGUCUGGUAUAUUUGUGUACCAUCACACCUGGGAAUAUUUUUUUCUAUGGUUGUGCAAUAGUAUACACAACACUGUCACUCAGGAGAUAUGGGACCGUAAAAAAUAUCAGACUACAACUAUGAUGGUGCUAUUUUUUCCAGUAGGCUAUGAGCCUUUGAAAGCUUAUCUGGCUCUUAUUGUCUUUAUAACAACACAGUCCUAGGGGAUAUACAGAUUUUUUUUUCUACUAGAUGAUAAAUAUAACUUGCUGUUUUACAGCAUUCUCAAUAUUACAUUGAGAUAAAGAUACUAGGAAAAAGCCAACCAGUCUGUACAUCAGUGAGAUGAAUCUUAGGUACACAUUUUGUACAGAAGGCUUUACUGAACAGAAAAAUCAAGUUUCUGCUUUUCCUCAGGUAAUCACUUCAGUUUGGAUGUUUCACUGAAAACAUUAAUGCAACUUUAGUUAGUCUGCCUAAAGUUGGUAACAGAAAUUGUUCCACGCAUGAAUCUCCCUACAUAAGAUACAACUAGAUGCUACUUGGGUCUUGAGAUCCAUUUUUGAAGAAAAAGUUGCAGAGAACAAUACUAAAGAACAUGGAACAAUCUCUGCUCUCAUCAAAAUUUGCAGUCAGGACAAAAAUUACCUAGGAACUUGGGUCUUGUGGCAAAUCAACAGGUAAUGUUUUACCUGUUUAUUUAUAUACAAAAUAAAGGUAUGACUCUACUAUUUGUUCCAUAUUUUAUCCUACUUAUGAGUUUUUUGGAAAUCUUUUGAAGCCACAAUGACCUGUGCAUGUCCUGGUCGUAGGGUAGGAACUACAUGUCCAAUUCUAUGAACAUUUACAUUGGUAACUUUAGUAAUAACUUGGAUGGUUCCACAGAAACCAGUGGGAUCAUUCAUUCAAACAGAGGUAUGGCUGAAGGAAGAAGUCCUGAGUUUUGAGUACUGAUACUCUGCUAUUUUUGUUAUUUCUGUUUGAAAUGGAAAGUAUUGGUUUGAUGGAAUCUUUAAUUCAAGUGACUUAUCUGGACAAAAGGAAAGUUUGUUCUUUCCUUCUGCAAACAGGAUCAUUUUGCAGUUAAGGGACAAUUAGCCAGUGCAACCACUAAGCCUUUUAUCCUCAUAUAUGGCAUAAUAAAGAUUCUGGAACUGUCAGAGUGUAAAACCAUAUUUUUGGCUUAGCUUCAUUUAAAAGUUUACAAUUUUUUAUGCUUUGUGUUGCUGUGUAAUUUCUGUACUACUGGUGGCUAGUUUUGUCUGAAUAAGCCUUUUGGGGAUUAAUGCUUAAUGUUUUGAUUUUAUGAUAGUGAAGCUUGUAUCCAGUGUUUUGCCAAUGAAUAUUAUAUGCUUGUUAAUAAAAGCAGAGAAACUAACUGAAA